GUCCUCUUCAGUUGUCUUGCGGAACCUAAAAUAAACUGUUGAUUAUCACGUAUACAAUAUUAUACCGCGACACCGUCCGAAAAUCUGACAUUUGGCGGGAACAUUUUGUUACAGAUAAUGGAAGAAAAUGUUGCAUGCCCCGUUUGUAAUAAGCUGUUUUCACCAUCUAAAAUAAAUGUACAUGUCAACAGUUGCUUAAACAAUGGCGAUGACAGUACUGCAAAAGAUGACAAUGAUCACAACGGAAGAAAACGGAAGUUAAAUGCAGCUAAAAGUGGGUGGGGGUUUCUUAUGUCAAAUGACAAUUCAAAUACAAAUGCUAGUUCCAAAAAGAUAAAGUUGUCUCCGAUAGCGAAAAUACAUGGGAAGGAAGUACCUGUCAUAACAAUCGAUGAUGCUGAUGACUCAGAGAGGACUUUAGUGACAUUGCCAGAAAAUGAGUUGAAUAAACAGAAAAGCAAAUCUGCCAUAGAGGAUAAACAGAAUCAGAAUGGCCUAGACAAGGUUGAGCCAGAGGGAAGUCCUCCAAAGAAACAUUUAUUAUUAGAUAUGUCUAUACCAUUAGCAGAAAGGAUGAGGCCAAUAUGUUUUGAAAAUUACAUUGGACAGGACAAAGCUCUUGGAAAAGAUAAAAUGUUAUGGUCUCUUUUACAAGGGGAUAAUACUCCGUCAAUGAUUUUGUGGGGUCCACCAGGAUGUGGAAAAACGACACUUGCAAAAAUUGUAGCAAAGAAAUGCAAAGGUAGAUCAAAAUUUGUGCAGAUGUCAGCAACCUCAUCUGGUGUAAAUGAUGUUAAAGAACUGAUAAAGAAUGCCAAAAAUGACUUUAAAAUGUUUAAGAAACGAACCAUUCUGUUUUUAGAUGAAAUUCACAGAUUUAACAAACUGCAGCAGGACAGUCUGUUACCACAUGUGGAAGACGGAACUAUCACACUGAUCGGGGCAACCACAGAGAAUCCAUCAUUCCAGGUGAAUACAGCUUUAUUAAGUCGUUGCAGAGUUGUGGUUCUUGACAAGCUGGGCAAUGAGGCCAUUUUGAAGAUUUUGAUGAAAGCUGUGGACACUCUGGAAAUAAAGGUUGUAGAUACGGAUGAUGAUAGCAUGAAAGAAGAAAAUA